GAAUGGAUCGCGUUGCGAAUUCAGUCGUUGCGGCGCUGAACGAGUGAUACUAUUCUUGCCGACGGUGACCUCAGCAGUCGUGCGUUAACACGUUCGAAAUUUCGCGGGAAUAUAUUAGAUUAGAUUAUAACCACGUGACGAGUCAUCUGCAAUCAUGACGGGUUCGAUGAGCCGCAUCAUCGUGUUAGCAUGCAUGAUUUACCAAUGUACCAGUGGCGUAAAUAGUAGAGAAUCAAAAGCUAAUACAAAUCCCACACAAGAAACGUUUAACUGUCAAUCAGAAGGUUUCCAUCCUGACCCUUUAGAUUGUACGGCAUUUUACAGAUGUGUCGACUUUGGAGCUGGCACAUACUACACCAAGUUUAAGUUCCAAUGUUCUCCAGGAACUGUUUUUGAUCCAGAAAACUCUGUAUGUGUACACCCUUCCUCUUCUAAUAGAGAAGAAUGUAGAAACUUACAAUUAAGUAACCCCGAACCAGAACCCAGCCCAGAGGAAUCCAAUUCAUGGAAUACACCAACUAACAGUGCUCCAAAUCAAUUGAGCCCUAGUAAACCAAAUAAUUCAGGUUAUGGUUCAAACAUUCCUGAAUAUUCAAACCAGCCUUCUUCAAAUUAUGAUUAUGGACGCCCUCAAACUGGGUAUCAAUCCCCACAAUCCGCAUACGUUCAACCACAACCACAACCAAGUUACCAACCAGCUCCAUACAACCCACCCCAAACAAAUUCUCCUCCAAAUUAUUACCCACCUCAACAAUCAGGAUUCAUACAACCUCCGUCGCAACCAAGUUACAUCCAACGACCGCCUCAAUCUAGCUACAUCCCAGCUUCAUCACAACCGACACAAAAUCCAAACUAUAACCAAUCCCCACAAUCUGGUUAUGUACAACCAAACGUCCAGCCAGCACAACAGGCCAAUUAUAAUUACCCCCCUCAAUCAGGUUACAUAGAACCUAGUCAACAACCAAGCUAUAAUCAACAACCUAAUUAUAACCAACAACCACAAUCAAACUACGUACAACCUCAAGUAGUUGCAACAUCACAGCCCAACUAUAAUCAACCACAAUCGACUUAUUCACCUCCUGUUCAACCAGGAGAUGGCUAUAAUCAACCGUCUUCGUCAGAAAUACCCGAAAAUGAAAUUGAUAAUGAAAUACAUAAUCAACCAGAAAUUACUAAUACUAAUGGACCUAAUUGUGUAUCUGAAGGAUUCCAUCCAUAUAGUGGUGAUUGCAGCAAAAAAUUUAUAAGAUGUGUUGACAAAGGUGAUGGGACUUUCAUAAAAUAUGAAUUUGAAUGCGGCGAAGGAACUGUAUGGGAUAGCAGUCAAAAUACAUGUAACCAUGCUAACCAAGUUAACUGUGGUACGACGACGUCAGCUACACCUUCCACCAUACAAUCGGAUUCUACCGUAGCACAACAAAUAACUACAUCUAACCAAUGGUCUAGUUCAGCAUCUUCCAGUUCUAGUAUGACAUCAAGCUCAAGUUCAAGUUCCAGUAGUUCAUCGAGUGGUCAAUCCUCUUCUACAUCCAUCAUUGCUGGACAAACAAACGGAGGAAACAACCAACAAACUGCAUCUCAAGGUUCUUUUUCGACUGGUCAAAAUACUGCAACAACAGCAGCCAUGAAUCAAUUUACGAACCAGGCAGCAAGUACAAAUCAAGAGGCUACAAACUCUGCUUCUAGUCAAACUUCUAGUACUGGAUCAAACCAACAAGCAACCAGUGCCGGAUCUAACCAACAAACAACUAGUGCCGGAUCUAACCAACAAACUACCAAUGCUGGAUCAAAUCAACAAACUACUAGUUCUGGAUUAAAUCAACAAACUACUAGUUCUGGAUUAAAUCAACAAACAACUAGUGCUGGAUCGAACCAACAAACAAGUGCUGGGGCUAAUCAACAAACAACUAGUGCUGGAUCUAACCAACAAACAACUAGUGCAGAGUCAAAUCAACAAACUACUAAUGCUGGAUCAAAUCAACAAACUACUAGUUCUGGAUUAAAUCAACAAACAACUAGUGCAGGGUCUAAUCAACAAACUAAUUCUGGAUCAUCUCAACAAACUAAUGCUGGUUCAAAUCAACAAACAUCUAGUAGUGGAUCUAAUAAUCAACAAACGAAUAACUCUGGAAAUAAACCAACUUCACCAAUGCAGUCUACAUUAAAACCAACUACACCUAUUUCUACGACAAAAAAACCUACAACAUCAACCACUCCAAAAUCUACUACUCCAAAACCAACCACUCAAAAACCAACCACCCAACAACCAACCACUCAAAAGCCAACCACUCAAAAACCAACUACUCAAAAACCAGUUAGCUCAAGUACCACACAAAAAGUCACUACAACGACUACCACAUCAAAACCUACAACCAAAAAACCAGCACAACCAUCUUCAACUUCUAAACCAACAACUCAAGCGACUACAAAACCAACAAUAAUCACAACUAAUAAACCUGAUACUACAAAACCAAUUUCAAAGCCAACUACAACCAUCAAACCGUUAAAUCAGCAACCCCCCAAAAAACCAGCAACGACUUAUGCUCCCCCUGUUACAACUUCAUCGGUCCCUACCUAUCAAACACAAUCACCUUCUACAACAGACACUUGUACGGCAGAAGGAUUUUUCCCUGAUUCUAAAGACUGUAACAAAUUUUAUAGAUGUGUUGGAAAUGGAAACAGCUUUACCAAGUAUAACUUUAAUUGUGGCCCAGGAACUGUUUGGGACCAUGUUAAUAAUGUAUGUAAUCACCCGUGGGCAGUGGAUAGAGAUUGCUCGAAAUCGUCUUCGUCGUCUACACCUGGAUACCAUACAACAGAAUCUACUGAAUCUAGCAGUUUUGAAAGUUCUACGUCAAGCCAAACUAGUAAUCCAGAAAUAUCCACUACAUCUUCCGUAAUUCCGUCUUCGGAAACCACAAUUAGUAGUAGUCAAACUACUCAGACCCAAACUUCGUCAUCAACUUCUAGUCAAGAAACGUCAUCGUCCACGAAUACGGGGUCAACGUCUCAAACGUCUACAAAUAAUACGACUGCUCCUUGUUCUACUUCACCAAAACCCCCAAGUAAAAUAGUAUGUAAAGAAAGUGGAUUUUUCCCUCAUCCAGAUGAUUGCAAAAAGUUCUAUAGAUGUGCCGACUGGGACGGUGAUAAAGGUGAACGGUUUUCUGUGUAUCACUUCGAUUGUCCUCAAGGAACCAUUUUUGAUCCUAGUUUAAGUGUAUGUAACCACGAAGCUUCUGUAUACCCUCCAAGAGAUUGUUCAGGAUCAAGCUCUCCACAAACCAGCACAAGUGAAGCUAGUACUACUGCUUCUCAGACUACAGUGACAGAAGUUACAACGAACGUAGAAACUAAUCCUUCGGUAACAACUGUAGGCCCAACUGAGACAACAGGACCUUCUGAUACUAGUUCACCAGAAACUAAUCCGACAACAAAUUUACCUGAAACCGAAUCUACUACACCUAGUCAACCAGGAACUGAUUCGACCACGGCUAAUCCAGCUGAGACUACACCCAGUCAAACAGAAACGAAUCCUUCCACAAACAGUCCUACGGAAACCAAUCCACCAACUACAAAUCCAACGGAAACAAAUCCACCAACAACUAACCCAUCAGAAACCAACCCACCGACAACGAGCCCAACAGAAACCAAUCCACCAACUACAAAUCCGUCGGAAACUAAUUCACCUACAACUAACCCAUCAGAGACUAAUCCACCAACGACGAACCCGACAGAAAUAACUGAACCUACCACCGAUCCUACAACAAUAUCACCUGAAACAACAAAUUCUACUGAAAAAUGUCCUACCUUGGAACCUGAUCAAAUACAUUUAGUGUGUCCGACAAGCUUUAAAAGGCAUCCAAAAAAUUGUAACCUUUUCUAUCAAUGUACUAUAGCAGAUAACAAUGAUAUGAAGAUUUUAGUUCUUGCGUGCUCGAAUGGUACGUACUAUGACCAAAAGAAGAUUCAAUGUUUACCACCAGAUGAAGCGGAGUCGUGUCCAUUAAAUAACGAAGGCCGGUCAGAGCCAAUCGAAGAUAUACUACCUACUGUUCAGAUUCAACCUUACCAGAAAUUAUGUCCAUCUGAAGGAACGUUCGGCUCUCCAAACAAUUGUCAAACUUUUGUCAAGUGCACCAGGAAUGCUAGGGGAAUUCUCAAGGGUGAAAUGUAUCAAUGUCCUGAAGGUCAGAGCUAUUGGGAAAAAUCUAAAAAAUGUGAGAAAAAUGAUAAAAUUCCGAUCUGUAACAAACUCGGCCCCAAGAUAAAUUUACAAACAAGUCUAGCACCUGUUAUUGCUGAUUCAUAAAGUAUAAAUUAACUAACCAAUAUUUUAAAUAAUAAUAUUCAGCUCAACCGAAAUACAUGUUAAUAUAAGAUUCUAGUAAUAGUUAACUUAAAAGUAAAUAUUAAUUUAAUUUAUAAUAAUUAAUUUUAGUUAAAAAUUUGUAUUAAUUUUGAAAAAUGUUUCAAAGAUUAUCCUAGACAAUCAAAUGAACGAUUGAUUUAUUAAGCUUAGAUUGUGAGGAUAUGAAUUAAUAUCAAACUGGGUAUUUCUGAAAUACCAAGUGUUAGAUUUGAGUAACUAUUUUAUCUGUUUCUAUGAAUCAUUAAUAAAAUAUAGAGUUGAAGAACUUUAUAUGGUGUGCACUUAACUUAAAAAAUAAUGUGCCAUAGUAGAGAACAUUUUUUGAUUUAAGUUGCAUUAAUUUUUGAAACAUUUUUU